CGAGUGAAAAUGUUGAACAAAAAGUUAUAAAAGAAAAAAUCAAAAUUCAGCAUCACCACCAUCAUCAUCAUCACAAUCAUGUUAAAACUGUUGUCAAGAAGGAACCUUAUCCAGUUGAAAAAAUCGUUCGUGUGCCUAUUGAGAAAGUUGUUGAAAAAGUCAUCGAGAAAAAAGUUCCAUACAAAGUUGAAGUUCCUGUGGAAAAAAUCGUUGAAAAGCUCGUUCAUGUGCCGAAACCAUUUCCAUUAAGAGUUGAAGUCCCUGUUGAGAAAAUUGUGCACAUUCCCUUUGAGAAAGUUGUUGAAAAGUUCGUGAAAGUUCCUGUCGAUAGACCUUAUCCUGUUGAGAAAAUAGUCGAGAGAAAGGUUCCUUAUCCUGUUAAAGAAUAUAUAAAAGUACCUGUUGACAGACCUUACCCUGUGCCAGUUGAAAAGUUUGUUGAAAAAUAUGUUAAAGUUCCAACACCAUAUCCUGUUGAAAGAAAGAUUAAAGAAGUGAUUCAAGAUAUUCUUGAACCAUUGU